AUGACGACCAUCUUGGCGGCCAUCUUGUUUCCUGGCAUCUGCCGCGGACUUAUUCUGCACGAAUCAUUUCCGGUAUUCAAUACUGAAACAUACGACGCCAAGCAAUCUGAUCAGCAUAAUUUAGAGGCAAAUCUCGUUAGCGUCAGAGCUAAUCUCAUUAACAUAAUUUAUGAGAGGGAGGAGGAGCUUAAGCGAGAACUCUCAAUAACCUGCCAAACGAACUACGUGUUAAACAUCUUGACGGCAACAUUCUACCUGACAAACUCAACAACGACACUGGCCACAGCUUGUGCUAACAUCAUCAACAGCGGCGACAACGACCACCAAAAUACCGAUAUUGAAAGUAGUAGUAGCGGCAGUAGUAGUACCAGUGUCGAAAGAAGCGCUUGUUUCGACUGCCAAAACGACGACCACGCAAGAAUCGUGCCGCCCAGAGGCUACUUAGCCAGCGUCGUGUCGCAACAAGAACGUGCUAACCAUCAAUGUGGCACCCUCAAAUGUCCUUGGACCUUUUCUUUCCCACCUGGAAAGGUUGUGAAUUUGACUGUAAUCGAAGCCGGGAGCUCUGGGUUGCAGCUAAAAUCUUCUGGCGAAUCCUCGUCGUCGUCGUCAUGUAGCCAAAGCCUGCUAAGUGUAAAAGAAUUGAGAAAAAAUUAUCCAUACUGUAGCGGUGAGAAUAGAGUCAACCACUUGCAUCUGAGUUUGAUCAAUUCAUUGGAGGUGAGUUUCAGUGAAGAUCGGCUUUCAGAUGUGAACCCCCAGUUUUUGGUCUACUACGAAGUCCUCGGGUGUGCAGACCUCACGCCCCCGAUGUACAGUCGGAUGAGGAGAAGAGGUGAGGUCACAACUAUCGACUGCCCCGGAACCGACAUUAGAUGGGAGGUCAAGUGCAUCAAUGGCUCGUGGCUGGACGAAAAAUUGAUCGGUACCUGCCCGAAGUUUCCAGGUUUAGUGGAUCCCGAGAUAGCUCCUCAGAAGUCGGAGAGUAUUUUCAAUACAUCCAUAUUUAAUAUGCCCACCGGCGUUUUAAUGGCGCUAGUCAUAUCCACAGCUGUCAUACUGGGUGUUCUUAUAAUGACCACUGGACUGGUUUGUUUAAAAAGGCAUCAAUUCGAGGUGAAGCACAAGGACGAUCCAAACGUAUACGGUGCAGCCUGUUCAGAAUUUGAAUUUAGAGAGAUGGGGGCGGCAGGUGCGUCCUUAUUGCACGGCAAGUCCCCCCUGAUGAACGGCCCCAAACCCAGAAGACCAUCAGCAGACCUUUUGGCCCGGGAUAACACGUACGCCAUGCAAGACAUGAAGAUGGACGCCCGACCUCUGCCAUCUCUCCCCAAUGCCACUUCGUCCCAAGAUAGCUGGAGGAGGAACGACGGAGGACAGGGACCCGUCCCGUACGGUGUAUUCCCGAGUAACCAAGUUCAAAACAGAGUCACAGUUCAGUUUCAUAGGGCCGACAACGGAGCAGAUGUGAUGGCCAGCGGUUAUCCGAUUCCUGGUGGAACGUACAGGGGCCGAUACCCACCCAACCAAUAUCCAUCAACAAUGCACUCUGGUCAGAUGCCCCAGCGAUAUAUGGGACCAGGCGGUACAAACACGGGCAGGUUCGACGCUAGAAGCAUGGCCCCUCAAAGGAGACCAUCAGGCUACGGCAACGCGGCACGCAUGCCAAACAGUUCCAACUACGACGCCAAUCAGGAUGACGGCAGCCAUUUAUACUUCGUUCUUGACGGCAAUGCAAAAGACGAAAGGAACGACCUAACCAUGGGCGGGGGCAUGCCCACCUCCACCCUUCCACAACCGCCACCCGCUCACCAACAGUUUCCCAUGGCUGCCGGAGUGAACCCGAGACUGCCACCUCCACCAGCAGGGGGUCAAAUCGGGAUGAUGACCCACCGUCACCAGCAGAGUACCGGGGGAGGGGUCGACCCGAGAUGUACGUGCGAUGACCACGGGGCUUUUAAGAGUUCUGGGUCGCUUAAUAACCAGCUAUGA